GAAGAUGUAAACCGUAAAUUCUGCAUUAAUUCCUCUAACUGAACUGAAGAGGGCAGCAAUACGCCAUUGUAGUUCUAGUCUGCCGUAAAUAUCAACAGAAGAGGAAGAAGAGUUUUCUGAGCGAUACUUGUGCGUCUUUUCCGGCGUCUUCCUCCUGAAAUACACAUUUAGUGCAGCAGCAGCAGCGAGCCUGAGGAGAAUAUGUGGAGUUCAUUCGGACCUGAGCGAGUGUGUGUUCGUUUGUUUCGAUGUUUGUUGUGAGCAGAGGCAGAUCAGCUCCUCUCACACUUUAAUUCAUCACCAGUGAAGCUCCUCCCACUGUAAUUCUCCAAUUAAUGCUGAAAUAUUCCCAUCAGCUACGAGUGAAGACGAUCAUCAGAGCAUCAGGAAGAGCUGAAAUCUGCAAAGACUCAGUUUAUUAAAGAGGACAGUGAGAACAUGAGUGAUCCAGAACCCUGCAGAAUGAAACACACUGAAGAUCCUGAAGAACAAAGAGAAGAACUGAGUGAAGUGAAGGAGGAGAGAGAAGAACUGUGUGAAAUGGAGGAGGAGAGAGAAGAACUAAGUGAAGUGAAGGAGGAACAUCAUGUCCAACAUGGAGAAAAACCUUUGAGUCGCUCAAAGACUAAAAAUACAUUUUUAAAGAAAAGAAGAGCCAAUAAAUCUUUCACCUGCACUCAGUGUGGAACGAGUCUCGCAUCCAAACAAAGUCUUAAGAUUCACAUGAGGAUCCACACCGGAGAGAAGCCGUUCACAUGUGAUCAGUGUGGAAAGAGUUUCACAACCAAACAAAGUCUUGAUGUUCACAUGAGAGUUCACUCCGGAGAGAAGCCGUUCACAUGUGAUCAAUGUGGAAAGACAUUUAUCAGGGCAUCAAGCCUGAAGUCACACCUGACAGUUCAUUCGAAAGAGAAGCCGCAUUCAUGUUCUGUGUGUGGAAAGAGUUUUUCACUGCUGACAUAUUUACAUGCACAUCAAAAAACUCAUACUGGUGUGAGAGAGUACAUGUGCUUUGAGUGUGAGAAGACUUUCAUUUCAGUUUGCCGUUUAAGACAACACCAGAGAAUACACACUGGAGAAAAACCUUACAAGUGUUCACAAUGUGACAAGAGAUUCAGUCAGACAGCAAAUCUGAAAACACAUAAGAGGAUCCACACUGGAGAAAAACCUUACAAGUGUUCACACUGUGACAAGAGAUUUAGUGUGUCAUCUUCUCUGAAAACACAUGAGAGGAUCCACACUGGAGAAAAACCUUACAAAUGUUCACACUGUGACAAGAGAUUCAGUCUGUUAUCUUCUCUGAAAACACACAAGAUGAUACACACUUGACAGAAAGAGUUUCACACGAUCAGUAACCCUUACUGCUCACAUGAGGAUCCACACUGGAGAAAAGCCCCACACACAAAUCAUCUCUUAGUUCACACUGAGAAGAAGCGGUCUAGGCUUUCUCUCUGAAAUCACUUCUGCUUCUCAUUCUGAAGAAAGAUCAGUACAGCAGAAAAGACACGGCGGUGUGUGUUUCAGUGCAUGAAGUCCUUCAGUACAGAAGAUGAACUGAAAGAGUACCAAAAAAUUCACAUUAGAGAAGAAUGCCGUAACACUUUUAAUAGAGACGUGAAUCUGGUAUUACUUUUUAACCCAUGUAGUUUCUCUUCCACUUCUUUUCCAUACAAACACAAGAUAUACUUUUUAAGUAUCUAUGAAACUGGACACUGUUCUUCUCUUCUUCUCUUGAAAUGCUUUGGCUUUUCUAAGGCCGUGUGUCCACCAACGCGUUUUUCCUCGCGCCUGGCGUAUGUUUUCAAUUGUUUUCAAUGGGAGCGC